AUCGAGUGAAAGUAAACAAUGGUGGGCAUGGGCACCCAAAUGGAUAGGCGAUCGCGGAUCACUAGACCAAUAACGGGCGAUGUCCUGUGGUGUCUACUGGUCAUCUUGGCGGUGGCUCUACCACUAGCCUCCGCGGGCUUUGGCUUCGACUCGGCCAAUUCGUGUAGUCCCAAUGGGAAGAUGUCGCGACGUGGUCGGGCCCAGAUGCUGGCGGCGAUUCCCUGUGACCUGGGUCAACAGGCCUUCUGCCAUUUGCCCGGAUCCGCUUAUCCGUGGCACGCCGUCCGGCGAUUCGUGCACGAGAACCAGGGCCUGAUGAAGCGCAUGUACGGCGAUGUGCGGCACAUUUCCAUUCUUCGAGAUGAGAUCCAGAACAAUGAGGUGGAUGCAGACGACAUGGAGGAGGCGGCGGAGCGCUACAGCAAGGAUGGGGGACGGCGCAGUGCCAAGUAUCUGAUGAACGGGAGGGAUCGUGAUCGCGAUGAUUUCGGGAGCUUUAAAAACAAUGACGUGCUCAUGGAACCGCAUUUUCGACCAGUUUCCACCAGUACAACGAGUACAACUAAGGCGACGACGACCACAGCUGAACCCGAAAUAAUUAGCAGCAGUACGGAUAAGACUCCCAGUGAGGUUACCAGCACAACGCCUGGAAACUCCACAAGUACUAUGAGUACUACUACGUAUGUUCCGCCAUCGCCCGAACAGCCUGAGGUAGAGGCGGAAAUUGUGGAGAUCCAACCCAGUCCAGAGUCGAACAGCGUCUACGAAGUGGUGCCCUCUUCAGCUCCAUCAACCACCUCCACUGCAAAACCUUCACCUGCUGGGGGCGAAAAUAUACAGAUCAUCGACUCACCGCAGCUGGGAUUGCGUAAUCUCAGCGGAGAGGCUAAGCCAUCCCAGGAACCAGCCACUGCCACAACUCCAAAGCCCACAUCGCUGCCCAAGAGCUCGGCAGCCUCGCCCAGCAGGAGAAGGAAGCCUGCAGAGACCACAACCACAGCAGCCACUCCAAAAACCUCCAGCUCCGUGUCGCCUCCGACCACAACAACAGCCACCUUGCUGACCCGUCGCAAUGCAACCAAGUACUCACCCGCAUCCGUGACCACGCCCGUCAGCUUCGCCUCGCUCUUCUCCGGCACCUCCAGUGGGCUCUUCAGUUCGGAAAAGCUGCGCAGGCCCCUAACCACCAGUAGUACAAGUCCACCUGCUCUUGCUCCUAUGCCACUUCCAGUGGCAGGAGGUUCACCAGCGGGAGCUACGGGAAGCGCCACCAAGUCGGGCCUGCUGAGGGAGGGUCAACUCUUCCAGGAUGCCAUGAAGCAGGAGCCCGUGGCAGUGGCCAGCAACUUGCGCGGAGUAAAUGCCUGUCCCGUCAAGGAUGAAGUAGUGGCUCCCUUCUGGGCAAACAACACCCGAGGCGAAGUGCUGGCCCUGCUCAAUCUGUAUCCCUUCGAGCAGUACGUCCACUGGGAGAAGUGCACCCACGAGUUCAAGCAGAUGUUCUGCCGGGACGGAUGCAGGUGCGAACAGCAGUACCGGCUGCACAGAUUGUUGGCCUACGAUCCGCACAACGAGUGCCGAGGGAUCUUCUCCGACUGGUUCCGCUUCCCGUCCAGCUGCAUCUGCAAGUGCUACAACAUCCCGAUGGAGUUCCGGGCCACCUCACGCAGUCCGAGAUCCGACAGCCGCUUCGAUGCUCCAAAAUCCGAUCCCAUCGAGGCUGCGGAGGCGGAGGUCCAGAGAGCCAUCUACGAACACGCCACGGAUGAGUGGUACCGCCCACGCGAUGAGUUCGACUUCUUGGAGGGGUAAUCCAUUCGCAAAACCACGGGAACAAUUGUACAGUAGUUUUAGAUUUUAUAGCAAUAAGAAACAGUACCUUUCUUCAAUCAGACUCCCCUUCCGUUUAAUAUAUCACAAACCCCCUUUUAAAAUCUCAUACCUUGAAAUGCCCAUUUACAAUCACCUUUCCCUCAUUCGAUCAAUGUUCCGACAGGCCCUAAAACAUACUACCUACCAAACUACUCUACCUUUCUUCAAUCCGACUCCCCUUUCAUAAUAAUAUAC